AUGACUUCCGUGAAGCAAGAGCCCAGCUCCCCUCCAUUUUUUUCCAUGGAGAACUUGUCUAAUUUGCCCUCCGAAAGUCUUGCUGAAGAAAAAUUCGAUGCGCUAGAUUUGGGUGAGCUUAAGCAUUCGGAGAUAGAUUCUAAGCCAGAGCAACAGCUCAAGCAACCGCAAUUAGAGCUUACCCAUCCAGAGUUGGAUCUUAAGCAACCAUUGGUUGAUCAAACUCCUUUCACAGUUCCUGUCAUGGCAAAUGUUCCCUCUCAGGCUCCUCCUGUUGCACUCAAUGCCUCUGUCCCUCCUCCUGUUCUCCAGAGCAACAUGCAUAGUGCCAAACCGGCACCUGCUGCUGACACUUUGACUCAAUCGGGUUCUAAGGAUGAAUGCAACUCGAAGGAAGAGUCCGAUAUGAACAAUCUAAACAUUGAGCAAGCCUGCGACUCGUGUCGCAAGCGCAAACUCAAAUGCUCUAAAGAGUACCCCAAAUGUCUGAAGUGCAUUCAGCACAAUUGGUGUUGUUCGUACUCGCCACGCACCGUGAGAUCGCCUCUCACCAGAGCACAUUUGACGGAGGUGGAAACACGCUUGACCCGUGUCACACAAAUGUUGCGGUUUUUGUUACCUCCGGGCGUAGAUGUUGACAAAUUAAUGGAAAGCGGCCGGUUUGAAGGGGCAUUGCGGCCAUUCCGCGAAAAGUUGCGUGGAUCGGAGCCCACCAGUCUUUCUCCUCUGGCGUGCUCUGUUUUCUCUGGCGAAGAAUCGUUGAACGGAUCUUUGCCCAAGAAGCUGCUCACGUUUGACCGCGGUUAUGAUAAGGAGAAGAUCAAGAGGGAGAUUAUAGAUGACUUUGUUCUCAACAACAUCCAUACGGACAAAAGACCGUUUGGAACGGAAAAUCGGCUGGGCUCAGAAUUGGGGCCUGAAAUGGCGAUGCUCGGGGCGGGCUCCAAGCAGGUGCUGUCUUUUGAGUCGACCAAUCCUGUGUCGCUUACUAGUCCUUCGUCACUUCUCUCGUUGGAUUCGUUUGACUACGAAGUUGACGAGGAGCUCGACGAAAAGUGCAUCAAGAAACAGAAAACGCACCCGAGCGAGUACACGUCCAUUUUCGAUGAGGUGAUGUGUGACUUUACCUAA